AUGGGCCACCGCCGUCUGUCCGUCUGGCUGUGCGCCGUCGCGGCGCUGCUCACAGGAGCGCAGGCCAAGGGCACCCCGCUCCUCGCGCGGCCCGCGCCGCCCGGUGCCUCCCGCUACAGCCUCUACACGACGGGAUGGCGCCCGCGGCUGCGCCCGGGGCCACACAAGGCCCUCUGUGCCUAUGUGGUACACAGGAAUGUGACCUGCAUCCUACAAGAGGGAGCAGAGAGCUACGUGAAGGCUGAGUACCGGCAGUGUGGAUGGGGGCCCAAGUGUCCUGCAACAGUCACGUACCGCUCAGUGCUCAGACCCAGAUAUAAGGUUGGCAUCAAGACAGUGACAGAUCUCGCCUGGCGUUGCUGCCCUGGUCUCGCUGGAGAAGGCUGCCCUGAGCACCUCACAAACCCUGGGGCCAACCCACCCCAGCAGGAGCAGGAACCCCAAAUUCCCUCAGGGCAGCUGGGCCCAGGCCCCAGACCCCCUUCUUACAGCAAAGCAACCCCCAGACCCCAUGGAAGGAAAGGCCUAGGGCUGUUUGGUGAGCGGCUGGAACGCCUGGAGGGUGAUGUCCAGCGCCUGGCACAAGCAUAUGGUACUCUUAGUGGCCUGGUGGCUAGCCGUGAGCAUCCCAAUAGGGUGUUUGGUGACUCCAGGACUCCUGCUGCCCCUGUGGGCUUUGGGGUUAUCCCUGAGGGGCUUGUGGACCCAGGAGACAGAGACAGAGGACCAUUCGCACCUCCCCUGGGCGAGAUCCUGAGCAAGGUGUCAGAGGUGAGCAACACGCUGCGAACCAAGGUGCAGUUACUAGACAAGGUGCAUGGGCUGGCCCUCGGCCACGAGGCCCACCUACAGCAGCUGCGGGAGGCCCCGCCAUCCCCUCUGACCUCCCUGGCACUGCUAGAAGAGUAUGUGGACAAACGGCUACAGCGACUCUGGGGGAGCCUAUUGGAUGGUUUCGAGCAGAAGCUGCAAGGUGUCCAGAGUGAGUGUGACCUGCGGAUGCAGGAGGUAAGGAGGCAGUGUGAGGAGGACCAGGCAGCCAGCCGGCGAUUGCACCAGAGCCUCAAUGGCCGGGAGCUGGCCCUGCGUCGGGAGCUCUCACAGUUGGGUACUCGGCUGCAGGGCUUGAGUGUGGCUGGUGGGGGCAGCUGCUGUAGCCAGCUGGCUUUGAUCAGUGCCCGAGUGGACAGCCUUGAGAGGAACCUGCAGACAGUCACCGAGACCCAGAAGGGUCCUGGUGCCCAGGCUGGGGAUGAUCUAGAGCACCUCUCUGCUGCCAUGCUUGAAGGAGGUGUGGAUGGGCUGCUUGAAGGCCUGGCAACCAUCAAUGGGACAGAGAAUGGAGCAAGAAGCUGCUGUUUGCGAAUGGAGAUGGGAGGCUGGGGUGUAGGCGGCUUCACGUCCAUGCUGGAAGAACGUGUGCAGAGCUUAGAGGAGCGUCUAGCGACAUUGGCCGGAGAACUAAGCCAUGAUGGUGCCCCACCAGGCAGGUCAGCACGGCCUCUCGUGCAGACAGAGCUGGCAGUGCUGGAACAACGGCUGGUCUCACUGGAGACCUCCUGCACUCCCAGCACUACCUCAGCCAUCCUGGACAAUCUCGUGGCAGAGGUGAAGGCCUGGCAAAGUCGGAGUGAAGCCCUCCUACACCAGGUGGCCAGACACACGGCUCUGCUCCAGCAGCUCAAUGGCACUGUGGCAGAAGUCCAGGGACAGCUGGCAGAAGGGUCAGGCAGCUCACUCCAAGGCGAGAUCACUCUGUUGAAAGUCAACUUGAACUCAGUGAGCAAAUCACUCACAGGCCUCAGUGACUCUGUCAGUCAGUACUCUGACGCCUUCUUGGCUGCCAACACGUCCCUGGAUGAGCGAGGACGCAAGGUGGAAGCUGAAGUCCACGCUAUUCAGGAGCAGGUCAGCAGCCAAAGUUCAAGACUUCAGGCUGGUCACAGACAGGUCUUGAACCUGCAGGGGGAGCUGGAGCAACUCAAGGCUGGUGUGGCCAGUGUGGCUGGGAGUCUGAGCCGCUGCCAGGACACAGCCCAGGAACUCCAACAUGCAGUAGACCACUUUGACCAGCGGGUGGCACAAGUGGAGGGUGCGUGCAGGAGGCUGGGCCUGCUCUCUGCCAGACUGGACAGCUUGCCCACCAAGCCACUUAGGUCCAGAGAGGGCCUAUGGGGCCACGUAGAUCAGCUGAAUCGCACGCUGGCCCAGCAUGCACAGGACAUCGCUCGCCUCCGGGAUGACCUAUUGGACUGCAGGGCCCAGCUGGCUGAGCAGAUGAGGCCAGGGCAAGCCAAUUAGGCAGACUGGACAGUAUCCAAGCCCCAGACCCCACAACCCAAGGAACAUGACCCUAGAGCCCAGCGGUACUCAACAGUGCCUCCCAACCUCCCCUGGCCCACUUCAGAUGCCACUUCAGAGGUCACUGGAUGAAUGGUCCUGGUCCAGGUCCGCAUGACUGUCCUGGCCAUCAAAAGCCAUGCUCAGUGCUGCACAAACUGGAUAAUUCAGGAUAGCUGUCAAGGCAAGGACAUCCAUUGUGCCUGAAAACCAGGCUGGACUUCAGAGACUGCAUAU